AUCUAUUAACAAAGAAGAGGGCUUGUGCCCGUGACUAUCUCUGUAGCAUGUUUUGUGACAAGAACGUCAUUCAAGUUCUUAAGCUUCAGGAUGGUGAAGAUGUUUCAGAGAAAAACUUUGAUCGACGUACCUUUUUCCCUAGGACUAACUCGCUUUAUAUCAAACUGGAGGGUAAAUCACCCGAAUCGUGUUAG